UAAGGCUAUCGUAAAUGUGUGUACGGCAACGAAUUAUAGCCAAAAUCGUGCUGCCAUUCUCUUGGCCGAAGCAGCUUAAAUUGUUUGAUGCAAAUUGCAGGAAUACGAAUACAGAAAAAAAAUAGAUAGCCAAGCUUCCCUGCAUUGUUUUCCACCGCUCGCUUGCUCGCAGCCAAAUUUCACCAAAGCUUCGAACACGGGCAUCAUGACCGAAAAGUACGACGGUAAUGGCGACUUCUCCCCGUACAAUGAUGACGACAACGAGUACAGUGGCAAGCCGCGCAAAAGUACUGGUGGCGGUGGGCCCGGUGCCCACAACGGUGACAGUUCCGCCCACGACCAUCAUGGAGGCGAUGGCAAUGGAAGUGUUCAGAUAAACGAGAAGGCCAAUGAGUACAUACGCGACUGCAUGGCCGAAAGGAAUCGCAUGGACCGAAAGUUUCCCAUUGGUGAGAAGCUUUUGGAUGGCGAGAUUGAAAAAGUACAGACAACCGGGCGCAUACCGUCGCGGGAGCAGAAGUACGCGGACAUCUACCGGGAGAAGCCCCUUCGCAUAUCACAGCGCGUCCUAGUGCCAAUCAGAGAGCAUCCAAAGUUCAAUUUUGUUGGCAAACUUCUGGGACCCAAGGGCAACUCGCUGCGCCGCCUGCAGGAGGAGACGCUCUGCAAGAUGACAGUGCUGGGCCGUAAUUCUAUGCGAGAUCGCGUCAAGGAGGAGGAACUGCGCAACUCUAAGGACCCCAAAUAUGCGCACCUCAACAGUGACCUGCACGUGGAGAUAUCAACGAUAGCCCCGCCAGCAGAGGCAUAUGCACGGAUCGCCUAUGCCAUGGCCGAGCUGAGGAAGUAUCUGAUACCCGACAGCAACGACAUCAUACGCCAGGAGCAGCUGCGGGAGCUAAUGGACAGUACCAGCCUCAAUGACAAUGACAACGCCAAGAGCGGCUACAAAAAGGCCCCCCACAUGCCCAGUGGCAACAAUCUGAUGAGCGGAGGUUCCGGAGGUCCCACUAACAACCCUGGCGGUCCCAAAAACACACCGCACCAUAAUUACAGGGGCUCACAGCAGUCGUCGUUCAGCAAAAAUGUGCUCGCCCCCAAGCAAAAGGUGAUGUCCAUACUGGAAAAGGCCAGAACGGCCAUGGAUGAGACAUAUGGAAGAGGCUAUGACGAUGGCAUUGGCUAUGAUCCACAUCAGUCGUACGACAGCUACUCAUAUGGCUCACACGGCCACGGGCCGCCCACUAGUAUACUGGGCGGCGUGGGCAGCAUCAAUAGCGGCGGCGGGCGUGGUGGUGGUCACUACGAUAACACAGAUUAUGAGCCGGAGUACGGUCGGCGGGACUACUAUCAGCAUUCUCCAAGCUAUACAGCAGGCGGGGGUGGUGGUGGCGGGGGAGGAGGUGGAGGCCAUGGCUCUGGGGGCGGUGGCUCACAAUCGAAUGCAAUUGGCAGCACUGGCCUCAGUUCCAACCACAAUCGCAGCCAUGUUAACAGGUGAAACUUACUGGGCCAUAGCAGUGCCGGCGGAGGUCGAGUGAGCGGCGCAACAAGUGCCACCAAUCCAGCAUCAGCAAACCACAAUCUGACGAUGAAAGCCCCAACCCCAAGCAGCCAUAACCACAGCAAGAACUUUACGCCAAGCCACGGAACUGAGGGCCAAAAUGCGAAAAACAGCACUCCCAACUACUUUUACCACGCCAGUGGCAGCUCCAAGCCAAAUCAGCAGCAACUUCAUCAGUCGCAACCAAAAUUCCCACCGCAGCUUUCAGCCCACAACAUGAACAACCACAACCCAAAUAAAAACAGCACUAUUUGUAACAAAACCACGAACAGCAACAGCAACAGCAUCAGCAUCAGCAGCAAUAACAACAAUAAUAAUACCAGCAACAACUUUCACCAGAGCAAUAGCAACAACGAUGUUUCGUUCUCCAUAUCCGCCUAUAUUCGUACACUCAACCAAAUGGAUUCCAUGCCUGGCCAAAAGAGUGCCAAUACCACCACAACCCAUGCCAAUGCCAAUGCCUAUACGAGGGCAAUGCCAAACGUUGGCAACAGCAGCAAAACUCACACAUUAGACAGCAAAAAUAACAACAGAAACACCGCUACAAGCGCUACAGUGCCAGAUAUGCUAUUAGUAAGACCUGCUUAUCCUUCUUCGCUACAUAUUGGUACAUUUCCGUUCUUGCCAGUGCAGUUUUUCUGAUUUCAACAAUACAACAACUACAUCAACAACAACAUCAACAUCAACAACUACAUCACAAAUACUUUGUACACUUAAAUGCAUAAGAUGAUAUAGGGAUGACGAGGGAGAAAUAUUUACAAAAUGGAAACAUACAAAACAUAUACAUACAUCUAUAUAUACUAUACAUAUAUAUAUAUUUUUGCGUGCAAGGAUUAACGUUCUAUGAAGAUGAGGCUGGAUCUACAGAUUGAAACUUACUUUUGCGUGGGCAACAAACGAUAAAAUUGUGUCAAAGAUGGAUAUACACACACACACACACACACAUAUACAUACAUACAUAUAUAUAUAUACAUAUAUAUUGUCCGAUUUUUUAUCUAUAUUUACAAGACAUCUUCAAGAUAAUGGAAAGAUUACUUAGAGCUACAAUCGAUACGGCAGUUGAAUCAAUAAUUAGGUUCGCGGCCCAGCUCAAAGCUGGGAUAGUAUAACAGACAAAGCAAAUUCAACUGACGAAGCAAGACAAAGCUAUGUAUAGGGACAGACCUGGCUGGGGCUGAGGGUCCGGUCGGGUGGGGUCGGGUCGGGUCGGGUC